UUGACUAUAACAUGAUAUUGAAUGUCGGGGUGAUCAGCUGAGAGAAAAUCUUCUACCCACUCCAAUUGUUCUGCACCCGAUUAUCUCAAUUUUUCAGCUACUAGUAAGGUUUAGAAAUAAAGUUUUUACAACCUCAGAAUGGCCAUCGUUAAAGCUGUAAUGGAUACAGUGCGACCGAACAUGGCAACGUUUCUCAAGUAUGCCAAGGUGGAGCUGACCCCCCCAGGACCAGGUGACAUUGGUGCUAUCAGCAGAGGAAUCGGUGACAUUCUCAGUGCAGCCAGGACCGGCCGGUGGAAGCAACUCACUGUCAAGGAUGCUUGGCUGAAUAUUUUGUUUGUGGUGUUAACAGAAGUAUCAUGCUGGUUUUGGGUUGGUGAAGUUAUUGGCAAGAGGAAUCUUGUAGGAUAUAACGUGGAAGUCUAACAGACAGCCUGGUGUUUGCGGCGUAGAUUGUAUUUAAUACAACAGAUUGUUUUUUGUGUCACUACCACCUCAUAUUGAGAUGUGGUGAUUGUAAUUUAUUUAAUCCAAUAUAAACUACAUUAUCAAAUAUAAUGCGUUGUUAUUUUGUGGA